CUCAAUUUAUUUUGUCUUCGCUGUCCGAGCUAACGUGGACACUGUCAAUUCGCUAGACUCCCCACUUGAGAACUCUCUCUGGCCCUCCCCUUUUAAGACGCCUUGGGUUCCCACCCCCUUUUGACCAACGACUCGCGACCUCCUCCCACACCGCAUCAUGGCUUCCACUGAGGAUCCCGUCGCCCCUGUUGCUCCCGCUGAGCUUGACGCCGACAUCGCGCCCCCCGCGACUCCCGUCGAAUCAACCAUCCUUUCCGGGAGCGAGGGACCGCUGACAAGUCCUGAUGUCUCUCGGGACAAGGAAAAUGUCAAGGCAUCGCCGGUCAAGAAGAGCCCGACAAGCACCACAACCACCAGACGUCCGCUCUCCGGAACGACCAGCGCUACGAAACGACCCAGCUCCGUCUCCGGACCCCCUAAGACCGCGACGUCGACCUCGCGCACCUCCACCACCAAUGGCACCACCCUGAACAAGCCACCCACGCGCCCUACCAGUACCACCACCGUGCGCAAGCCUCUCGGCACGUCCACCACCACGAGCUUGCACCGGUCUCGCGCAUCGGUUAGUUCGGCAGAUGAGAAGUCCCGGUCGGUGGCCAGCUCCGGAGACGAAAAACGAGGAAUCUCCAGUGCGGCCAAGCGCAUGUCUCUGGCAGGUACCCCCGCCACUCGGGCCCCUGUCAAGUCCACCACAUCCACCGUGGAUCGACGCUCCAGCAUUGCGGGCUCCACCACAGCGGAGAAGAGAACGUCCACUUCUCGUCCGAGCACAGCAUCCACCGUGAAGCCGCUUGCCAGACCGACCACUGCAACGUCGACCUCUCGCCCGACCACGUCCUCAUCCACCACGGCACGCCCAACCACCCGUCCGUCUUCCAUGGCUUCGAAGCCUGUUACGUCAACCGUGACCAAACGCUUGAGCGCUGCGCCAAAGCUUGCCGGAGAAGAUGCGGAGAAAAUCCAAUCCCUGCAAAACCAGCUGUCCGAGAGUGAGGCCACUGUGUCCAAGCUCAAGGCGGAUCUGGACACGGUGAACAUCAAGCUUACCGAGCUGUCGUUGGCUCCGAAUGAGAGUGCUGCCCAGGACAUUGACGAGGCCACCAAGGCGCUCCGAGAGCAACACACGGCGGAAAUCGAGAAGCUGACGGCUGCGCAUGAGGAGCAGCUGCAGGCCUUGCGCGUUCAACUUGAAGAAGCAGAGGUCAAGCACAAGGAGCUCGAGGAACGGUCUCUGAAGGACCUAGAGGAGGCCGCUCAAACGGCAGCCGCCAAAGGAGACGAUGAGACCGCUAAUGCCCUGAAAGAGCUGAAGCAGACUCAUCAGGCUCAAUUGGAGGCGCUCGAGAAGGAGCUGGAACUGCAGAAGGCUGCGGCUGCUGGAUAUGCCGAGCAACUCGAUGCCUUGAAGGCUGAGUUAGAAGUGCAGAAGAGCCAGUACGUGGAAGUCACCCAAGUCUUGGAAGCCAAGGCCACGAAACUUGACGAACUCCACCGGGAACUGAAUGGUCGAGACCAAGUGGUGGAAACUCUGCACAUGGAAAUGGAUCGCCUGAACCAUGCCAAGGAACAAGAGGCUCGGGCGGCUGAGGAGGCUGCCAAGCAGACCAUUGCUGCUCUAGAGGACAAGGUUGCGUCGCUCGAAACCAAGCUGGCCGAAGCUGGAUCCGUCACCGACGGAAGUGGCGAGGAGGCUGCAGCCCGCCUGGCUGAGAGAGAGCAGGAGAUCGUCGAGCUGAAGGAAGCCCUCACGCAAGCUCAAAGUGAACUUGAACAGGCCCGCGAGUCUGCGGAAGUUGCACUAUCGGAGAAGAUCAAGGAGCUUGAAGCUGCCCAUGAGUCUGCGGUGGCCAAACUUCAGUCCGAGCAUCACGAGAUUCUUGACAAGAUGCAGCUUGAGCUUCAGCAGGCACGGGAUGCUACCGAGACUGGCCUGGGAGAAAAAGCCAAAGAGCUUGAAGCUGCUCACCAGGCAGCUAUCGAUCAGCUCCAGCUGCAGCACGAAGAAACUCUUAAGGAAGUGCGGGCCGAGCUCCAGAAGGCACGCGAGGAGACCGAGACCGGCUUAGGCGAAAGGUCAAAGGAGCUCGAGGCGGCUCACGAAGCUACGAUCGCCAAGCUUCAGCUCGAACAUGAGGAAGCUCUUUCAAGUGUGCAAGCUGAGCUUCAGCAGGCCCGCAAUGACACUGAGACCGGCUUGGGAGAGAAGGCUAAGGAGCUCGAGGCUGCUCACGAGAUUGCGGUUGCCAAGCUUCAGUCCGAGCAUCAAGAGAUCCUGGCUAAGGUCCAGGCCGAGCUCCAACAAGUGCGUGCUGAGACUGAGACCAGCUUGAGCGAGAAAAUUGAAGAGCUCAAUGCUGCGCAUGAAGCCACAAUCGCCAAGCUCCAGCUUGAACAUCAAGAGGCUCUCGACAAAGUCCAGGCCGAACUUUCCGAAGCGCGUAAUGCCACGGAGACCAGUAUGGGUGAGAAGGCCCAGGAGCUCGAAAGCGUUCAUGAGGCUGCCGUCGCCAAACUCAAGUCUGAGUAUGAAGAGACCAUUGCCAGUCACGAGGUCACCAUCGCCGACUUGAAGAACAAGCACGACGAGGCGCUUGCCUCGGCUGCCGCAGCCCACGCUCAGGAACUUGCGAUUGCCAAGGAGGCGGUUGACUCCGUUGGCACCACCCACUCUCAAGAACUCCAGGAACUCCGCGACAAGCUUCAGGCAUCCGAAGCCGCCUACGAGGCCGCGCAAGAGGACCGCGAGGAGUUGCUCGCUGAGCUUGAUGCCGCGCACCAGGCUGAGAUGAAUGCUCUCCGGCAACGAUUGGAGGCCACGGAGCAGCAUCUCACCGAGGCCCGACAAGCUUUGGACGAUGGCGCUAACUCGGCGCAAGAUCUGGCUAUCCAGGAGAUUGAGUCGCUCAAGGAGAAGGUUGGUGCUCUUGAAUCGCAGCUGUCCACUGGGCAGGGUGAGAUCAAGUCCCUUCAGGAUGAGAUCCAGACCAAGCAAGGCCAGGCUGAGGCCCUUCAGCAGAGCCUGGAUGCUUUUGAAGACAAGACCAAGACCAAGGACGCCCAACAGCAGAGCCACUUAAAGACUCUGGAAGAGUCUGCUGCCGCUGUCAGCAAGGAAUUGGAAGACAAAGUCAAGGAAGCCGCCGCGGUUGCUGAGCAGCACGCGCAGACCCUUGACUCCAUCCGGGCGGAACAUGCUGCUGAACUCGAGAAGGCUCGGACGGAUGUUUCUGGAAAUCAGGAGCAGGCACUCGGGGAGCUGCAGGCCAAAUAUGAGGAAUCGGUUGCCCUGUUGCGGGACUUGGAAUACAGACAUGCGCAACAAAUGGAGGCUCUGCAGGCCGAGCUCAACACAGCCCUUCAGCGCCACGCCAACGAGAUCACCUCCCAAGCUGAAGUUCGCGCCCAGGAGAUUGCAGAGCUCCAGAAGCAGCACGAGGAAACCCGGGCCCAGCUCCACGCUGAGCUGCAGGCUAGCCAAGCCUCCAAGGCCGCCGAAUCGGACGCAGAGCACAGCAAGGCGAUCGAGCAGCUUCUGACCAUUCAGGAGGAGAAGCUUUCCAACCUCCGUGCUGAUCUCGAGUCUACGAACCGGGCCAAGAUCGAAGAACUACAGAACUCUCACGACGCGGCCCUGGCAGAAGUGCACGCACAGCUGGUGGAAGCUCAGGCUGCUGCUCAGGACGCUUCCAUCCUGGACAGCCUGAAGCUAACCAUUGCUGACCUUGAGGGCAAGUUGACGGAAGCCGAGCGGUCUGCGGCGGUGAGUGGCGAGCUCGCUGGGAAGCACAGCGCCGACCUCUCCAAGGUCGAGGCCGAGAAGCAUGAGUUGGAAGAGAAGCACCAAGCCGUGUUGGCGCGGGCCGAAGAACUCGAAAAGACCCUGAAUGCUUCGCAAAGCGCGAGAACGGAACUUGAAGCGGUCCUGCAACAGCUUGCUGCAUCCAAUCACGAACUGUCGCAGCUCAAGAGCCAGCACGAGACCCUUACCAGCGAGCUCGAGCAUUUCCGUUCGCAGAAUAAGAGCAUGGAAGAGCGAGUCCUGCAAGGCGAACGUGACCUGAACAGCCAGAUUGAUAAGAACAUGUCGCUCCUCAACCAGCUGGGAGAAGUUGACUCGAUGAUCUCGGCCAGCCGCAAGCGCACGCGGGAGUUGGAGGCGGAAGUGGCGGCGCUGAAAGCCGACAAGGACAGUGCCAAGGGCCCAGCGGUUGGCCUUGAUGGCAGCCGGUGGGCUGGAGAGACCCUUGCCAGAGAAGACGGUGGUUCCGCCGCAGUCGAAGGUGAGGACCUUGGUUCAUCUAUUCAGGGAACGGUGGGAUCUCCCCGUUUAUCGUCAUCCUCGUCUCCUACGGGACUGCCCCAAUUUCACCCUUUCACCUGACACGCCCGUUCCCAUUGUGCCGACAUGGAUUGACUGAUUGGUUUGGGAUAUGAUAGAUGGCCAGUAUCCAAGAGCAGCUUAAACACAUCCGUACCACCAAUGAUGACUGGUAUGAUGAGCACCGACGGUAAGACUUGACUGGUAUGCUUGAUGGCGGACGUCUGCUGACUGGG